GUUAUGGAGACUCUCGAAUCUAGUCGCGUCUGCCGCCUUUGCGGUAAGCAAUCCGGUAUCUCGAUUAAUAUUUUUGACAAGAAUGAGAACCACGUGAAGAAAAUCAACGCUAUUCUCCCAAUCAUGGUACACGAAAUGGACCUGUUGCCGAAACAUAUGUGUCAUCGAUGCAGUUACAAGCUGGAGGAGUUUCACAAAUUUUAUGUGGACUGUUUGAAGACAGAUACUGGUUUGAAGAAUCAAUUAUCUUGGAUGCAAAAAGAAGAUUCGAAGGAGAGAGUCGGUGUGCCAAUGGUGCAUAUAGAAAACAUUAAGAUCAAAGUAGAACCGCCGGAUUACGACAUGUAUGGCAUAAAUCCUAUUGUUGGUGAUGUCGGCUACAUAAAUUCGAUGAGUUCUGUAACUUUUCCGAUGAAUAGUGUUCAAUCUGAUGAUAUUUCCGAACGUAUAACGUAUACAGCAUACACACGUUGCAGUUGUUAUUGUGAUAAAUCGGACCAAAGUAAUGAAACUGUACCUACAAAUUAUAAAAACAAAAUAUCGAGAUGUAGUAGGACAAAUGAAAUUAGGCAAGGUAACGAUAGUUGCGCCAAUGAAACGCGAAAGAAGAAUUUUUUAUCCAGUAAAACAUUUGAGGGACGAUCAAAUUUAGUUCAGCUUGUCAAUGAGGUUAAAGAUGCUGAUAGAUGUAGGCCGACUUCUUCCAGUUUGAAUUUAUCUAAUGAUUUGAAUGAAUCUUAUAAUGCUAACAAAGAAACCUCAAAAGAUAUGAUUGUUCAUAAUUUAAGACCUAGAAGGAAUUCUAUAAAUUAUUUAGAAAAUAGAAGAAAACUUCCCUCUUUGUCAUCAUUGAAAAAUGAAAACAGAUCGACAAUUAUAAAGUCAGAAACGUCAGCUUCAACAGAGUUUAAUAUAACGCAAAUUAAAGUAGAAAAACUCGAUAAUUCUGAAGGACGUAUCUUGAGACCAAGGAAUGGGACCAUCAAUUAUAGAGGACCAAUACGAAAAUAUUCAAAAUCCACGAACAAUAACCAAAGAUUGCAAAGUAAUAAGCGUCAAGCGAAUAAAAAAAAGGUUUUAAAUAUUACGAAUGAAUUAAAAUUACCAUUAAAUAAGAUGUCGAAACAAUUAAAAAAUAAAAUAAAGUUAAAAAUAAAGGAAGAAGAAUCUUCGGAUCUUAAGGAUUUAAUAUUCGAUGAAUCGGUAUCAGUCGCCAUGUUGUCAUUACCUAAUCAAAUUGAUUCACUGCCUGAAGAUUAUGAUGUAAAUAUAAAAAAAGAUAAUAUUAAUCAUAAUGCAUUAAAUCCCAUCGAUAAUUUUAGUAUAACAAAUUGGAAAUCUUUACGAAAUAUAUCGAACAAUAAAUUAAAAGCGAAAAAAAUCAAAUCGAAUCGAUUGACUCGUAUAAAUUAUUCGCUAAGAUAUUUAAGAAGUCAAGAUGUUUGUCUGAGAAACGGUAAGAUAAGAAAAUCUGAUAGUGCGGAUAUAUCGGUUAAAAAAUUACCAAAAAGCCUUAAAAAUCUUAUGAAUAGAAAUAAAACAUCCAAUAAAACAUUAAUGAAAACAAUUAGAAACAGUGUUACAGCUAAGAUGUCGGCCUCAAUGAAAAUGAUUGAUAUUAAACAUUAUUGCGAAGAAUGUAACACAAGUUUUGCUAACAAAGAAUUAUUCAAAUUGCAUGCAUGUUAUGGACAUUGAUCUUUUUACAAAAUCGGGAAUCAUAUCAUAUAAAAGAUUUAUUUUUUAAAGGAAAAAAUAUCAUUUGUAUUCAUACAAAUACUAAACAAGUUUCAUUGAUAAUCGAUUAUGAAUAUUUUUUUUUUCUUAAUCUUUUAUAAGAAAUCAUAUGAUGAUUAUAAAUUAAAAGAAAAUAUGUAUCUAUGUAAUUAUUUUGAAUACACAUAUAUGCAUUAUUAUCGUAAUAAUAUUUUUAUGAAUGAAAAUGUAUAAAUAUAAAUAAUUAUCAAUUGUUAGUAGAAAUUAAGACAAACGUUGCGUUAUACGCUUAAGAAUGUUAUGUAUGUAGAUAAAGGAUUCACAGAUCGCCUUCAAAGUUUAAAAUAAGAUAUAUGUAAAAAAAUAUAUAAAUAUAUUUUAAAAAAUAUCAGAUAUUCAUAUACACAAAAUUGUGAUACAUAGUGAAAAUAUAAUAAUAAUAAUUUUCCUUUUCAUUCUAUAAAUUGUUAUCUUGUAGUCUAAGAAAUAUCAUUUGUAAUUGUUAUUACGAAUGAAUUUAUAUAUCUAAAAGUAUAAUGAUAUACUUAAAUCAUUUUGCGUGAUAUAUUGAUCGAAAAUUUCUAUUUGUAUCUUUAAAAGAAUGACAAAUUGGAUUUGUGCAAAAUGAUUAUUUUAAUGCU